AUGAUUCACGAGCAAGAGCUUGAGUCUGGUACUGGUGGAGCACGCAAGCGUAUUGGCGUAGCGGUCGGUAGCAAGGAGGUCACAAUGCCUGGGGGCCUGGAAGCAUUUCCUCAAGCCACGUAUCCUGCAAGUGCUCACCCUGGCAGCGCAUACAAUAACGACAGCAACAGCUUGCCGAGCUACAGUCAAAAUAUGCGUCUGCACGCUCGACCUUCACUCCCGACCUUGCACACUCGCUCAUCAUGGAUGGACAACUAUGAGCAGUACGAGAACUCGCCUGUGGAUGCCUACACCUGUUCAUCUGCGAGCAUGCCACGCCAGGACUCAUUUGCCAGCUCCUAUGGUGGUGUCGAGAGCUACCGACCUUGGAAUACCACAGCCCCUGCAUCUGCACCACUUCCUGCGCUCGCACAGUCAAGCUAUUACGACCAGCAGCCAUCAGGCUACAAGUACGGUAGCCUGCAAGCACCAUCAUAUACAACGAGUCAAGUCACUCGAGUACCAAGCGUGACGGCCGACUUACUCUCGAUGGGCUCUCUUCACUCAUCUCUCCCAAUCCAGACCGCGCAGGAGCGUCGAUUGCCCGUGCCUUACACUAUCCAGUAUCCGACGCCACACUCGAGCUCCCAAAUUCCUCAAGUGCGUCCGUUGGGAUCGUACAGUGAGCCUCGCGCACCCACUCACGGUAUCCACAGUCGCCACGCUAUGCCAUGGUCUACUGAAAGCACAGCUGAAGCCGCUCGAACAGCAUCUACACACAAUCCUGCUGAUGGCCGACCAUAUUUGCAAUACACGCAGCCUCAACAGCCGUACAUCAACAUCCCGCCAAUAUCUGAGCCAGCAUUUGGCUACCAGGUCAGCCAGGGCCACGAUCCACCCACAACAGGUUCUCCUGGAGUCUCGCCUAGUACGCUUCCUACCCAGCCUGUCAAUCUUCCGAUCACUACUUCUGGUGUACUUGCGCUGCCGCCAGCAUCAGCCAUCGACUACCGUCGAACGGAGUACCCAACUCACUACACCAUGCCAAUAACGAGCAGCAACACUUCCGGCACUUCUUACGAGACCAUGCCUGGCACAUCGCAAAGUCUCUACAGCUUCAGCGCGGACGAGCGCCCAUCCACCGCCAGCUCCGAUGCCGAUCAUGACGAUGAAGGCGGUGUGACAGGCAGCAGCACUAAUUCCUCUUUAUCUUCGCAGGCCUCUGUUGGCAAUCUGCAAGCUUACACGAAUGCCAACCUCACCGCCACUGGCACCAUGAUGAGACAUCCGCAGCCACAGAGGAGUCUCGAAGGACAAUGGCGCCGCGAAGAUUCAGAACAGAGGCGUGCUGCUGCAACAGCGCAGAGGGUUUCGGUCAGUAAUUUGAGCGCGGCGCGUUAUUGA